AUGGCAACUUCUUCCACCUUCUUCUCUCCUUUCCUUUUCCUGUGUGUGCUGGUUCUUUCUGACGUCAGUCUCGCAGUCUCCCUGGACCCUGGCACAAAGCUCAAAAAUGUCCCAGAGAACAACAACCAUCUUCAAAACCAAGAGAUGUGGCUGCAGCAGUCCAGAAGUGGGCAUCACCACAAGCAUGGCUUGGCCAAGAAGGAGAGGGUCCAUGCCAUGCCUUCUAGAGGGCAGCCAGCUGGGGAAGAGACCCUCAGAAUGGGUAGCGGAGCUCCAGCUGUGGAAGAGCUGGUGGCAGAGGGGCAGCCAGCAGCCCUGAAACAGAAUAAAGAUGUGUUCCUGGGUUUUGAGUUCCCAUAUCCUGAAAGGGAGAACCAGUCCCCUGGGUCUGAGAGAGGAAAGAAGCAGAACCGAGAGCAUCGGCGACAUAGCCGCAGGGACAGGCUGAAGCACCACAGAGGGAAGACUCCUGAUGCUGGGCCAAGUUCCCUGUACAAGAAACCUGAAAGCUUUGAAGAACAGUUUCAAAACCUCCAGGCAGAGGAAGCUACAAGUCUGACUCCCACUAUGCUUCUCAUCACUGCAUUGGAACUAGCUGUUUCCACAGAAGAGCCUCCUGUUCUUCCAGCCACAUCACCACGGUCACAGGCCCGCCUCAGGCAAGACGGGGAUGUGAUGCCCACCCUAGAUAUGGCGCUCUUUGACUGGACAGAUUAUGAGGAUCUCAAACCAGAAAUGUGGCCAUCUGCUAAAAAGAAAGAAAAACGCCGCAGUAAGAGUCCCAAUAGCGGAAAUGAAACCAUGAUGGCUGAAGGAGAGCCAUGUGAUCACCACCUUGACUGCCUCCCAGGCUCUUGCUGCGACUUGCGUGAACACCUCUGCAAACCACACAAUCGAGGCCUUAACAACAAAUGUUAUGAUGACUGUAUGUGCACUGAAGGGCUACGCUGUUAUGCCAAAUUCCACCGGAACCGAAGAGUGACCCGGAGAAAAGGGCGUUGUGUGGAGCCCGAAUCAGCCAACGGAGAGCAGGGAUCAUUCAUCAACAUUUAGGAGGGUGGGACUCCUGCCUGGAUGGUCAGGUGCUGGGGUCAAACUGUUUAUACCUAGCAAUAGGAAUUAGAGGAAAAAGUCAAGAAAAUGACUGAAGCUGCAGGCUCUGAACAUGCCAGGUUCAUAUAAGACUGAAGCUCAUGUUAAUUAUAGAGUGGCCUCAGCCUUUUCCCUACCAGGACUGCAUUCCCCCUCCCUUCCCGCACCACAUUGCUGCCAUUGAGCUGGGUCCUCUCCCAGUUAGUAAGAGAUGAUCAUGACUAACAUUCUGAUGGCAAUAUAUGAAAGAUCCUUCAGGUCAAAGGGGUUAUGAGCUUAAACUUUAUGCCUUAACUAUUGCUUGAGAAGAAAGGUAGAUCCUUCUUAAGGAUCAGAGGUUCCUAGAGGAUAGGAAGCUUGUAGCCUCCAGGUGGAAUCAAAGAUGGAAACGGAUCAGCAGGAAGCUGGCUGCCUAGGUGAGAGGGGACCCUCUGACAGAGCUCUUGCUCUCUCCCUUGUUCACUGCUACGGACAGAUAUUCCCUAGCUGUUAUACACUACCACUUCCUACCUGUCUUCUUUGGGACCAUCCAGUCCCACUCCUUCCUUCCUUUCUUGCUUCCAGAGAAGCACCUGUUUUCUGCAAGGAUGCGGCAAGACAUCCCAGCCUGCAGCUCUCACUCAUUUAGUUAUCCUGCCAAGUCUGUUAUUUUUAAUGAUUAUUUUUAGGAGCUUUCUGGGGAAGUGAUAGUUUUCCUAGUGAGCUAAAAAUAAGGUUUUUGGUAACAGGAGAUAGGGACAGGCUGUUCCAUUGUAGUAAAUCCUGUGACAUGUUGCAUGUGUGUUUCCAUGAUAUGUAAAUAAAGACAUGAUAGAU